AUGCCGAAGCCACGAGCAACACCAAUACCUAAUGCGCGAUUCCGAGUGCAAUGCCCUGAGGAAUCGGCGCCCAAAAUCGGACCAUCAGUAUCAUCAGCGCCCUCGGCGCCCUCAGGGCCAUCCCUGGCCAAACAAAAACGACCUCCAAUUCUCUCAACCUUCCUAACAGGCCUCCGCCAACGCUUCAGCACACUCCCGGCCCCAGUCCGAAGAGCAGGCCGCACCCUCCGCUGGCUAACACCCAUGGUUCCAAUCGCUCUCUUCUUCCCCGAACACGUGUUACAAGUAAUGUGGGUGCGCGGCCCAUCAAUGACGCCCUACUUAAACGAAAACUACGACCAAACACAAACACAAAGCGACAUGGUGCUGGUCAACAUGUGGCCCUGGGGGUCUAUGAAUCCCUUCCAGAAACAGCGGACACUAGAGCGCGGAAUGGUGGUUACGUUCCGCUCCCCCGCAAAUCCCUCUCACAUCGCUGUCAAGCGCGUUAUCGGAUUACCUGGUGAUCGAAUCACGACGCGCGAGCCAUGCAUGCGCCCGACGCAGAUCGUGCCUUGGAACCAUGUCUGGUUAGAGGGUGAUGCGGAGGAUCCGCGGAAGACGCUGGAUAGUAAUACUUAUGGCCCUGUUAGUAUCAGUCUGGUUACUGGGCGGGUAUUUGGUGUAUUGGGGCCGCGGAUGCGGUGGUUAAAUUGGUCGGAUUGGGAAUCUGAAUCUGGGAAUGAGACUGCGGCGGAGAUACAUCGGAAGAGUGUGCGGGAUCGUGUUUUAAAAGAUGCUGUUAAGCUUGAGCAGCCCUAUUUGAACUGA